UGGGUGGGAAAGGUCUCAUAACAUCAUUACUCGGGAGAGGUCUCAUAGCAUCAUUACUCGUAUAAAAAUUAUGAAAAUUGUGUAAUUAUGAAAUUACUAUGUAUUAUACAUAGGUAAAUUUCGAUUGAUAUUUCUUGGGAAUUUCUUUUGAAAUAUUUUCGUCAGUUUCAUGAUUGGGCGCGGGAAAACCCUUCUCACUCUCUCCAUCUGUCCCAGAUUAGGGCAAUCUCUCUCUCUCUCUCUUCUUUUUUGAAUAAUCCUUAACGAUCUCCUUCUCUCUCUAACUAUUUUAUUGAAUAAGCAUUAGCACGAGUAGCCAUUCUUGUUUUCUUUUUUGUUGGAUUAACGAACCCUAACUCGAACAAAUAUUGGUAUGAAACGUUGAAUUCAGUGGCAAAUUGAGUGUCUGAGAAUCAUUUCUAGGGUUUUUGAACGCCUUUAUGGGCCAGAAAUUUUGAUGGGGCUGAUAAAAGAUGGAACAAUCUCUGGUAGUUUGCCAGAAUCAAGAGUGUUUGCAGUCAAUUAUCCUGGUUAUCCUUCUACUUCACGAGCGAUUGAGACAUUGGGUGGCUUAGAAGGAAUCUCAAAGGCACGCUGCUUGAAGAUUGAAAAUUAUUUGGAACUUCGUUUUCGCCCAGAAGACCCAUACUCACACCCUGCAUAUGGGGCCUGCCACUCGUCCAGUAAUUUUCUGCUCAAAAUUACCAGGAGAAAAAACAAUGUUUCAGAGCUUGUAUCUUCUUCCACUGUUGAAGAUGGUACAAAUUCUAGAAAUGAGUACCAGGGUGUUGAGAAAAAGGAGAGUGGUCAACCUCUUGAACAAGCAUCUCAGCUUUCUGCUGAUAUCAUUGCUAGAGUGUUUGAUACUUAUGAAUUUGAUGGUAUGGUUGAUUACCAAUAUGUUCUACCUGUUCAUGCGGAGGCAGCUAGGAGAAAGAACAUACAUCGUGUGCAAGAGAAUGAAAGGGUUGGUCGUAUGAACAUAGACAACGAUGACUUGAUGAUACUGAUACCCCCGUUUUUUUCACGAAAGGACACUCCUGAAGGGCUAGUGUUAAAGAGUUUACCUGCUGGGCAUUCAAAACGGAAACAGCUGGAAGCCAUGCAACAACAGUGGGAGAUGAAUAUUGGCCCCCCUUUUGGUCUCCGAUUCGACAUAGAUGAUGUCCCUAACAAGAUGAACUGGGAGGAUAACAUCCCCCAAAACUCACCUGACUGGACGCCCCAAAAGGCCGUCUCUAAACUAUUUGAUGAACGGCCCAUCUGGUCUAAAUAUAUUCUAAAUGAACGCUUGGUUGAAGAUGGUGUCCAAGUUAACAAAGAUAUGUUGCAAAGAAUUCUCCUCCGAGGGGCGUAUAAAUUCGCCACAGGUCCAUUUCGUGUAUGCUGGAUUAGGAAUGGAUAUGAUCCCCGCAGGGACGCCGAGUCUCGAAUAUACCAAAGAGUUGAAUUCCGUGUGCCAAAACCUUUCAGAAAUUGUAUAGAUACAAGCAUAAAUCAAGAAAUGGGGAGCACCUGGAAAGAUUUAUGUCAGUUCCAAGCUCUUCCUUUGAAAAUGUUCACCUUCUUUCAACUGGUUGAACUUGAAGAUCCUUAUAUUCAACAAGAAAUCAGAAAACCUUCGGAACAGACUGUUUGCCAGCAAUCGACAGGGUGGUUCUCCAGGAACACAUUCGAGCGCUUGCGUUUACGUGUUCAGGUGAGGUUCCUUUCCUUACUUUCUAGCAAGGAAGCAAAGGACCUUGUGAAGUCAAAUUUAAGAACGAUUGAAGUUCUUGAAAGCAGAACAAUAGAUGAUGGGGAGGAUCUUCUAGAAAGUAACACAGGUCAUAAUGAUGAUCAUUUUGGAGUAACAGAAGACAUGUCAAGAGACAUAGAGCAUGUGUAUGGUAAUGAUGAGAAUGAGGAUGACGAUGAAAUUGAGGAUGAGGAUUUAGAGGAAUAUGUGCCCUCAGAUGCUGAAGAGAAUACUCAUGCCCAUCCAACAGAAAAUAGCGUAGGAGGAGAUAACAUUGAAAAGGGCUUUCUUCAACAGCUCUUGGGAAGGUUUCCUUUUACUGCAUGUACCGACAAUGAUCAAGAUUUUGUUCUUAGCGAAGAUGAAUAUCAGAUUUAUGAGCCAGAAAGUGAUGAUAAUUAUGGUGAUACCGAUGAUGAAUAAGCCAGCAUUCGAUGAGAUAUUCAUUCUUGGAUUCCUCAUGGUGUACAUUCAUGAGAAUAAGCUGAAGUUAUGUACAUCCCUUCUUUCUUAGAAUACUAGUAGUCUCUAUAACCAAAUGUGGUGCUUUUCUGUAACAUCCUUUUGGCUUAUGAAUUUAAACACUAAGGGGUUGAUCCCCAAGUUAAUUAGCAGAAUGCUUUUAUACUUCUUCGGCAAUAUAUGCUUUCGGUUCGCUUUAUUUUGUAGGAGAGGAA